AAGAGACAAUAAAUAAAUAAAUAAAUAAAUAAAUAAGGAUGCAUGAAGCUUAUGGAAAUUCCAGAGCAGCUGAAGCCAUAGGCCUUUGUAAAAUUUUACAUUGACAAGAGAAAUUGUAUUCCAUUCAUUUAAGAUAAACUGACUAUAGUCGGUCUAAACUGUGUUUUUCUCACGAACAGAAACGUGGUGGAAGGAGUACCUGACGCUGAAACAUGGCAUCACUUUUGCUGCCGGAGCAGGCCUCUCUGCAAUCGUUUGCUCCGCCUGUUGCUGUGUGAUUGGAUUGUGCUCACGACGGAAACGACGAGAACGGAGAGACGAAGAUAAGGAGUACCCUGGAGCUGCCCUGACCAUGGUGGCAAGCGUCGACCGACAGCGGAGCGGCUCAGCGGGAUUGGCCGAGGACGAGCAGGCGCCGCUGCACACCGGCGGAGAGCUGGGGGAGGGCGGGGCGGCGGGCGGGGCGAACGCAGACGUGGACUACGCCACCAUCGACGUCUCCCAGCUGAAGAAGAGAGAGGCGGCGGACGAGCCGGGGCCCGGCGCCGACACGGACUACGCGGAGAUCCGGAAGGAGAGGAAGGGGGCGGAGACCGCGGAGAGGGAGAGGGAGAGGGGGAGGGGGAGGGGGGCGAAGAGGCGGCGGCGGCGGCGGCGGCGGAGAGGAGGGGGCCGCUGA